AUAAUGACAGUAUGGUGAGUCUCACUGAGGAGAUUCAUGGUUUAAUGAGAGUGAUGUGGUCAGGGAAGUGGGCAGUAGUAACUCCACACACAGUUCUAUCAGCAAUAUGGACUCACAUACCGUCAUUCAGGGGGUACUGUCAACAAGACGCUCAAGAAUUCUUAUGUCAAUUAUUGGAUCAGUUACAGAAUGAAUUAUUAAAGUGUCCUUCGGGAUUGAUUAUUAAAAUAAAUAAUCCAUGGAGAGAUACUGUACUGGCCAGGGACUUAUUAAAAUCAUUAUUUGAAGGUCAAUUAAUUAGCACUAUUGUGUACAGUAACUGUGGGCAUACUUCAUUCGUUUGUGAGUCGUUUUGGGACUUGUCAUUAGAAUUGGCAAUCACCACGUUACAAAAUACUUCGAGUAGAAGAAGCUUAUCAAAUUCUAGUACAUUGUUUGAUUCAUUGAAUAAGUUCACUGCUACUGAACAUAUUGAUGAUAAUAUUUUUGAAUGUUCCCGUUGCCAGGGGCAACAUCAGUCAAUAAAGAAACAGUUGUUGAUUAAGGAUCCUCCUGAGGUUCUUCGGAUACACCUCAAGAGGUUUAGAUUUAUUAAUAACUGCUGGAGGAAACUGACCAAUCAAAUUGAGUUCCCAAUGGAACUAAAUAUGUAUCGAUACUGUAACCACGACAACCAGUCAGUAGGUGUGGUCAACGGAGAGGAGGACACAGUGUAUGAUCUAUCAAGUGUGAUAGUUCAUCACGGGAACUACAGCAACACUGGCCACUAUACUGCCUACUGCUGGAAUAAUGACGCUGGUUGCUGGGUCCAUUGUAAUGAUGCUAAGUUAAAUCGAUCAAGCAGUGAAGAGGUCCUCAAAUCACAACCUUAUGUUUUAUUUUAUGCAAGAAGAAGAGGAAGGUCUCCCGUUCUUAAUAGACUAGUUAAUGAUGGUGAUGAGUCAGGACCUGAUACUAAACACAUGAGGACAGAGAAUAUAUAGAUCUUAAUUAUAAUGUAUACCAGUUGAUGUUAUGUGAGAUUUUAUAAGAUUAAUUAAUGUUUCUUUUUUAUCUCUACUGUGGUAGUG